AUGCGAGGCAGCUCGACGACGCUGGACCUCGCAUCGCAAGAAGACAUACUCCGUACCUGCCUCAAAGAAGAUGCAACGCGCCUCCACCUUUGCGACGUCCUCUUACGAUUCAACCCUCGCAUCAACGUCAGCUUCCCUGUCUCCAUAUCGCCCGACUCAACUCUCGCCCUGGGACAUGCCUUCGCUGCCGUCAUAAUCAUGCCUCCUCAAGACCCCGCCACUACUCUCGGCGCCUUGCUGCGUGCGGCCACCAUUGACGACCACGAUGAAGUUCUCAAAGCUGCCAACGCUGCCCUCAAGGCCAACAGAACCGACGAGCUGGCCCAGCACACGAGAGUCGUCGCCCUGUUGAAGCUGGACAGGUUUUCCGAUGCUUUGAGGGCAAUCUCUGAAGGCGGAAUCAAACUGGAAGCAUCUUGUGUGCUCGAGACGGCGUAUGCUCUAUACAAGUUGGGCAAACUAGACGAGGCCACCAGCCUCCUUGUAUCUGUGGGCAUUCAGAAACGAAGCCUCAGCCAUCUUGCGGCUCAAGUUGCAUACCGUUCCGAGAACUUCGAUGAGGCGCAGUCCAUAUAUCAUCGACUUCUCGCCUCGGAUAUAGACGAAGAGGCCAAUGAUCUGCGCAUCAACAUCCAGGCAGCGCAAGCUCAAGCCGUGUGGAAAGAUGUAUCCGCGUCGUAUGCCACCAACCCAGAAAAUGCGCCAGACGCUUUUGAGCUGUGCUACAAUGCGGCAUGUGCCAAUAUUGCCAGAGGCUCGCUGCAACUGGCAUUAAAGCUUCUCCAGCGAGCGCUUGCCCUCUGCGAUGCUUCUGAUGAGCUGACAGACGAGGAUAAGGACGCGGAGCGCCAGCCUAUUCUUGCUCAACAAGCUUUAGUUUUGGCCAAGAUGGGAGACGUCGACCGUGCCAGGGAUAUGUAUUCUUCCAUAAACAUUUUUGCCGAGACCGACUUCGAUUUCAACAUCGUCACUCAAAAUAACCGUUGGGCAUUGGAAAAGAAGCCUCGCAAUCCCUUCUUGGUCGAACGCGACGCUGCAUCUUGGAUGUCGGCGAGGAGCAAGGCCAAACUAUUCAAGUUUCAAUCUGAUAUCCUUGCCCGAAAUGCGUCUGUCGUUGAUUUGCGUGCGUUCAAGGUCAACGGCGUUAAAGAAAGAGCGAAAAAAGCGACGACAAAAGCUCAAAUGCCAUCCUGCAAUCCCGAUUUAAACGCCAUGUCCGUCAUUGGAGCUGCCGCCGAAACGCAAGGCCUAGCCAAAAAGGACUCUCUACGCUCCCUUCUUACUCUCUCCAAAAAUAGGCCCAACGACACGGGGCUUGUCUUGACCAUAGUGCAGCUUCACCUGGAGCGGAAGAAUCUUGGCGCCGCCACCCAUGCUCUGACCUCAUUUUUCUCUCGACUGGAAGAGUCAGGGGAUGAACAAUCCCAACGUGUUCGUUUCUGCCCCGGGCUGGUGGCGCUCGCCGUGGCAUUAAAGAAGACUCAAAAACGGAAGACGUCCGCCAAGGCCGAACUUGUGAAGGCCGCAGAGUUCUGGCGCGAACGUCCAACCACUUCAGUCGUUUCUCUUCUUGAAGAGGCCGGCAUUGAACUUGCAUCCUCGCCCAACCCCGAUGAGAUGAAACUGGGAGGCGUUGCCCUCACAAAGCUACACAAUGAAAAUCAAACAUCACCCAUUAUUUCCGCUGGGUUGGUAGCGGCACUAGCUGCUUCUAGCGCUGGAACAGUGGAACAACACGUUGCGCAACUUCCUUCCGUGGAAAGCCUCGUCAACGGCAUCGAUAUAGACAGCCUCGUCAACUCCGGAGUUGCUUCUACCGUUGAAGCCUCAUCAGCGAGCAAGAAGAGGCAGCCUCCUGCUGCAGCAAGCAGUGAGCGCCCGGGCCAGAAAAGAAGGAGGAUAAGGCUGCCGAAGAACUUGGUUGAAGGUCAAACGCCUGAUCCUGAAAGAUGGCUUCCAUUGCGUGAUAGAUCAACCUACCGGCCGAAGGGCAAGAAGGGACGGAAGAAAGCUGCUGAUUCUACACAAGGUGGUGUAGUGAAGGACGAGGAAACACUUGGUCUUGUAGGGGGGGGCGGUGUUAAAGUAGAAAAGGCGUCGGCAUCGAGUUCAUCCAAGAAAAUGAAGAAAGGUAAAAAAUAA